AUGUCUCUUCGCUCCUGUCGGCCAUGCCAUACUUCGAAAAUCCGAUGCACCCGUGAAGUUCCUCAUUGCCAAACUUGCGUCAAGCGAGACCGCAAAAGAGUGUCAGACCGGAAGCCUGCUCUUCCAGAGCCACAGCCAAAGCGGCAAUUGCAAAAGCAAGAACGAGCAUCUGGCGAGAAACACAUUCGAUGGAGAGCUAUCGAGCCGCAACCCGAACAGUCUUUGCGGCACAAAAAGAGAACAAAUGAAAGGAUGCAGCACGCCAUAGAGCCUACAAAGGAAGUAGAUAACAAGGUUUUGGAUCAAAGGUAUUCUGGGAAGGACGGUUUGGCAGCUCAUGAGACGCCCCCAAAGAGUAUCGCGACUACAGUUACGGAGAAAGCUUCGAUUUUCCAACCAGAAUAUGGCCGUGCAGCCGAUGAAGAUAUCCUUGAAUGGCCGCGAAGCAUAUCAGUAUCACAGCCAGCACAGCUCUAUGCACAGAUGACCCCUCCGGUAAUCAAUAAUAACCUACGAGAAAGCCAAGAUCUCAAGGCUGACUGUUGA